AUGGGUUAUGGUGGAGAUACAUGUCGAAUUGCUCUGCAAGCAAAGAGGAAGAUAGGUUUUGUGAUAGGAACCUGUAAGAGGGCGAGUUUCGAGACUAAGUAUCAUGAUCAAUGGGAUACCUGUAAUGCAAUUGCUCUCUCAUGGCUUAUGAACACUGUAGCUCCCAUUCUCUUAUGUGGCAUCGUGUAUGCUUCUGAUGUGUCACUAGUUUGGGAGGAUAUGAAGGAACGAUUUGAUAAGGUCAUUCAUGUAAGGAUUUACCAUCUACAUCGAGAGAUUGUUAUGAUUGCACAAGGGGUCGAUAUUGUUUCGAUUUAUUUUACAAAAUUGAAGAAACUGAGGACUGAAGAUGAUGCAAUGGUGAUAUUCUCGAGUUGUGAUUGUCCAAAGUCAAAGGAUUAUGUUGAGCAUUUGCAACAACAACGACUGGUUCAAUUCCUUGGAGGAUUAAAUGAAUCACACUCGUAG